CAGUCGGUCGGGUUCGGGUCUUUGACGAGUCAACAAUCGGGCUUAAGAUAGGAAGAUUUAUUUUUGCUACGUUUUUCGGAUAAAACCAAAUAAAAGAAACAACCAUUCGUUUUAAAAGAAAGGUCAUGAACUUUCUUUUAAAAGGUGUCUUUUGGGUUAAGAGACUCCUGGCCAGAGCUCUAUAAAUACCCGCCUUGUCUUCACUUUUGAGACAUCCGAAAAUUCACAAACAAUUCCUCAAAUUCUCUCUUCCUUCGUUGCAUCUUUGAGUUCGCCGGAAUCCCGUUGGGAGCGAAGAACCGUUCUAUCCUGGGAGACGCUUGCUACGUGUGUCGGGCAAAAACGUCUUAAGGAGACAACGCUUUUGUUGGGCUCGGUUGAUACAAAAAGGGAGACGAAUCAAACAUUACUUUUCCAAAAGUUUCACCGCUCACUACUGUCCCGAUCAGCUCUUCUCACGGGGAGAAACCUAGCAAAUUCAAUGGUCAUGAUUUCAAACGUUGGCAACAGAAAAUGCUGUUUUAUUUAACAACGUUGAAUUUGGCUAAGUGUCUCUCCGAAAGCCAGCCUGUUUUAGAGGAAGGCGAGACUGAUAAGGAGAAAGUAGCCGCGGUGGAUGCGUGGAAGUACUCAGAUUUCUUGUGUAGAAAUUAUCUCUUAAAUGGACUCGAUGACUCCUUGUACUCCGUGUAUGCCGAUAUAAAGACGACAAAAGAAUUGUGGGGAUCACUUGAGAAAAAAUACAAGACCGAGGAUGCCGGAAAAAAGAAAUUUAUUGUCGGGCAUUUCUUGGACUUUAAAAUGGUUGAUCACAAAUCGGUUGUUUCUCAAGUUGAAGAGUUCCAACUUAUCCUUCAUGAAAUUCACGCUGAGGGUAUGUCCCUUAGUGAGUCCUUCCAAGUGGCGGUGAUAAUUGAAAAAUUACCUCCCAAAUGGAGAGACUUCAAGAAUUACUUGAAGCAUAAGCGUAAGGAAAUGUCCCUAGAGGAGCUCAUUGUUCGUUUAAGGAUAGAGGAGGAUAACCGCAAAUCGGAGCACAAAGCCGAUAAAUCAAGUUCCAUGGAUGCUAAAGCAAACAUGGUGGAAGCGGGAUCCAAGAAGGGGAAGAAGAGAAAGAACAACGACGAAGGAACAAGUGGAGCCAAGCCUUCGUCAAAGAAAUUUAAAGGUAAGUGCUACAAUUGUGGCAAGCCUGGUCACCGUGCGAAAGACUGUCGUGCCCCAAAGAAAAAGAAAAGCAGUCAAGUCAACAUGGUGGACAACCUCUCCGAAGAUUUGGAUGAAAUGAACUUAUGCGCUGUUAUAUCUCAAUGCAACUUGGUGGGAAACACCAAGGAGUGGUAUGUUGAUACGGGAGCUACCCGUCAUAUUUGCGCAAACAAAUGGAUGUUCUCCGAUUAUCAACUCGUUGAUAAUGAAGAACAACUCUUUAUGGGUAACUCAUCCACUUCAAAGGCAGAAGGUCGUGGCAAAAUUGUCCUUAAGAUGACAAGUGGAAAAACACUUACCUUGACCGAUGUGCUUCAUGUCCCUGACAUACGUAAGAAUCUGAUUUCGGGCUCCCUCCU